CGCUACCUUUACUCUCCAACCAUCAUCUCCCACAUACUCUACGCUCAUUCUAGUUCCAUUCUCACCCGGUUUCACUCGGAUUUCACCCUGUAUCAUCUAUUUCUUUGGAUUUGUACCUUCAAACAAGUUCAAUUACUUGUGGAAAGUAUUAUUUACUUGGGAUAAUGUCGUCUACGUACGGAGCUCCAGCCCAAAAUCUACCAACUGGGCCUCGAUCUCGAACAAAUUCACUUCAUUAUGCUCUGCCAUACGAUAGACCUCCGCCCACUCGCGGCAGAUCCGUGUCUCCACCUCCUGCGCGUCGUUAUUCUGGAUAUACUCAGUCGAAUAACUACAGACCUGACCAAUAUUGGUAUCAAGACUCUCAUCAUGAUUACGGUCGGACCAGUCCUGAACGAUAUGGAGGGUCAUAUUGGGAUUCAACUAGGGAACAUUAUGACCAAAGGCGGCCAAUAUCACCAGUCUCGCCUUAUCCACGAAGCAGGGAACCUUCAGGAAGUUGGCGGGAUUCUGAAACCAUGGCUACAAGAGUUUUCGAGCCGUCUGAUUCCUGGAAACAGAGAGACAGGAGUAAUACAGGGGGAAGUUCAAACGAUUCGCCCCAGCGGUUCUAUUCUCAAGAUACUGGUACCUGGUCGUCCUAUAGCAGAUACGACGACGAUAGGCAUUACCGUCCAGGUUCAUACGAUCCAGACGCCCCUGCUGUGCGUAGCAGAUACGAUUCCUACCGUUCCGACCAUGAUCAAGAAGGCGAAAAUCAUCGUCAAAGUUCUUACUCUCGUUCGCCUCACCGGCGCCAGAGACGCUCACGACGAAGUUAUUCUUCUGAAGGAUCAAAAUCUCGGUCUCCUCGUUAUCGUUCGCGCUCACGUUCGCGGUCCAGGAUCAUCUCACGAACACCAUCCCAGUCUCGUUCACGUUCGCGUCGUUUGGGGAGAAGUUCGCGGUCUCGCUCGCGUCUACGGUCUUCGAGCUCACGUUCGUUUUCUCGAUCACGUUCUAGGUCCUCUCGUUCAACUUCCCGUUCUCGAUUUCCCAAUAAUUCUAGUUUAACCACGAGAUACAUAGAUUCUGAGGCUUCUACUCCAGUUCGUCUACCCUCUCCGUCUGUGACUCAGAAUGAACGUGAUGGGACAAGGAAGAAUGCUAAUUCUACUGUGGCCCCCUCCGCAAACACACGACUUCGGUCGCGCAUGGAUCAUUUAUACUCAAACCGUAGCCGUCCAGCUUCACCGUCCAGAUCUCCUUCUCAUUCAUCUAUCGCUUCGUCCAGGGAGACAUCAGUGAAACCUUCGGAUCUUGUUGUCCAUGGACUUGACACUCCUGUUGCUUCUCAAUCUAGUUUAGACAUAGAGAAUACCACCUUACUGUCACAGUCAGACAACAAGUGUCCACCUUCACAUGCUGAAUCUACCGUUCUUCCACAAAACUUGGACGCGGCUGGUCUCUGCUUUACUUCUGAGGUUCCAACUCAACCAGAGACAAAUGGGAAGAAAAGCGAACAUGAUCGCGUCGCGGAAGUCAAAAUUCAGGAAUUGCCGGCGGAUAAAGCAGCUAAACUUCCAAGCACUGAACCUUUGACAUUCGGAGACGAACAGACUCACGUUGAACAAAUUGUAGAGUCUGCAGCGACGCCCGUAAUUGGAGACGGAACGUCUUCUAAAGACAGUCGGAAUGACCGCGGUCAACCCGGAGUAGAAAGUGGUGACUCGGUGGAUACCCUUCCUCAACCCUCCCAGCCUCCGCUCGAUCAAAAAUUAAUUCCCGACUUUGGACCUGACGAUGUCCCCAGUAUGUCAGAUGCAACCUCAGUCAGGGAAGCCCUUCGCAUCGUUGUCAUGACUCGUCUGCUCGCGGAUAGACAGACACGCGAAGAACGGGUUGAACCCAUCUUGGCUACCAACCUCUCAUUGCCAAGGUUUCCUCACGAGAAGAUUCCUAGCGUAAAGCAGUCUCAUGAAGUCCUCAUGCAGGAAAUGUUCGAACCCACUGGCACCCGAGCGCGUUCCCGAAACGAGACUUUCAGGCAGGUACAUGCAGGUUUGGUGGAGAUGUUCGAUGCUAGACAGGCAGCUUUGAAGGUCAAGGUACAGAAACUCAAGGAGGAAUAUCUAUCUCUUCACGAGAAAUGGGUGGAGCAUUGUACCAGGCUUGAUGAUCAAGCAAAAGCCAAACAGGCCGCCAGUGCCGCAGAGGCACCUGUGCAACCUUCGGUCCUUCCACCUGCAAAUGGUCGCACCACACGACGAUCAGCGGCCACCAUGGGGGACGCAGUACGUUCGGACCUUGAGAUGGAGCAGAUUAUCGCUAGCAUCGGAUACGACGAAGCUACGGAUCCAAACCAAUUGUGCGUGCGAAAUCUUGCGGUGAUUCCGGACAUGAUUUCCGUGACCAAUGGUUACGUCGAUUACGUGUUUGACGAUAACAAUCUUCGUAUCGACAACCCCGCCAAAUAUUACGCACCAGACACUGGCAUCCAUGAUUGGACGGAGGAGGAAAAACAAGUCUUUUUGGACAAGUUCGCUGCUUAUCCGAAGCAGUUCGGAAUGAUUGCCAAAUUUUUGCCUAACAAGACUACUGCUCAAUGUGUCAACUUUUAUUACUUGCAUAAGAAGGUCUCGAUUGAUUUUAGGAAUGUCGUGGCGAUGAAUGCACCUGGCAAGAAAGGAAAAAGAAGGACUGGGAAGAGAAAGGGUAAUGCUUUAUUAGCUGAUAUCAGAAAACACGAUGCGGAGGUUGGGCCCACCACCCGAGGAAAAGGCAAACGGACAUCUGCGGCCACAGCGGCUUCUCUGGAAGCAAGGAAAACUCGGAGGGUCACUGGCAUAAAUGCAGAAGAUACGCCUACUACAGCGACACCUACCCCAGAGCCAGAAUCACGCCCAAGACGUCGGCGCGUGGCCGGACCGUUGGCCAUCUCGGCGAGGUCUUCACUUGCUGUCGCACUAAAUGAAGCAGAAGAAGAAGCAACGGACAAUGAUUCAGUCAGUAGGCCUGCUAAAAGGGCAAAACGAGCUCGUAAAGUCAAAUCCGCAGCAAUCAUCAAUGACGACAUCUCAACUCCACCUCCCCUUGUCGCCGAUGGAGAAAACAAGAAUGCUGAUACGGAGAGUUCGAAUCGUCGUAGAGCAGUGGCCGUUUGGUCUGACGAUGACAAAGAACUCUUCCUGAAACUUCUGGGGCAACACGGCGAUGAUUUUAAACGAAUAUCAGCCUCGAUGCCGAAUAAAACAACAGCGCAAGUUUCCAACUUCUACAGAAAUCACAUCGAUGAACUUAGUUUACGUGAAAUUGUAAAGAACGCCCUUCGAAAUUCCCUGCCGCCAAUUUCACGCCACGCAUCGCCUCCUAUGGCCUCCCUCCCUUUAGAUGACGAACCUACAGGCGGUGAAGUCCAAAGUACGGCAACGUCAGUCUCUGUGACGCCGGCUCUUGCUGAAUCCGUUGCUGGACAACCUGUCCCUAUGCAUUCACGCGAUUUAGGAGCUGUAUAUCAAGGGUAUAGCGGCUACACGACCCCGUAUGGUGCUCACGCAACGAUGCCGGUGUCUGUGUAUUCUACCGCCGCCAAAGAUUAUCAUACCUCAGGAUAUGGUGCUGUAGCAUAUGGCUCUUAUGGGUCUUCAGCACCAGGUGUGUUUCCCAACAGUGCUUAUGCUAGCACUAGAUCGGCAUAUUAUCCCUAUCCUUAUUCUUAUAGUGUCCCAGCUGCACCUUAUAAUGGGAGUGCAACAACUCCGUCCGCGUCUACCACCGCAGGUGGUGCUGCGAAUCCAUACACAGAUCCCCGUUAUUAUUCUUAUUCGUGAUAGCUAUGGAUAGCACGUCAUUAGAUAUUAUACUAGUAGCUCAGAGCGGGACCAGUCUUGAAUGAUAACGAGGCCCAGGCAUAGAUUACUUCCUCUGUAAAAGGAAGGAGAAUGCUAGGAAAGUCAGCCUUUCAGACUUUCCUCAACUUUGCAC